GGUCUCGUUCCGAACUCGGUAGCAGCGCACGCUGUGCAAGUGGGUCUCCUUCACCUGUGCGCGUGCAUGUAGGCGGUGAGUAUUCAAUAGCCAAUUAAACCUCUCUUCUACGCAGCAACAACUUUUUUCCCCCAUAUCGCGGCUCUUGUAUGGUCGUGGUUUAGCGAAGAAAAGGCUCACACAAUAGCAUUGUCGGUGGCACAUUUCGAGUAGCUCGCUGCACAUAUAUAUUUUUUCUUCGUUCUCCGUUGGCCUUAAACGAAACACAACGGAAGGUUCUCGCUUUACACGAACGCAAUAGUGGACGGGAGGAGUUUCUUAGUAUUUGUUUUACUAGGCAUUCGUAUCGCGUGCGUCACGACGUACAACUCGCAGGCCGCCCGAGAACUGUCCUGCUCAGAUUUCUUUUCGCGCUUGUUUCGGUGUAGCGUCCUCCGGUGCGGGAGAGACAAGUUAGACUCUGCUUUUUUAUUUUUUUUUUUAUUUCCUUGCUUGUAGGUUAUUUCUCGCUGUUUUCCUUUCCCUUUUCACGGUUGCUUCUCUAGUUCUUUUCUCCGUAGUGCACUCUUUUUUAUUAUUAUUUGGCCUCUUUCCCCUCGCCCCCCUCCUACUCUCCCCCACACCUGAAUUGCAGCCAUGUUGCGCCGCACUGUGCCCCGUCGGAUUAUGGCCGAGGCGAUCGGUCCCGUUCACCCAGAUGUGCUGUGGGGCUACCAGCAAGGCCAGUACGCCGGUCCCGGCUGGGCGCACUUCCUGAAGGCCCUGCCGAUAGAGACGCUCACGCUGCAGGGUGGCAGCACCAUGACGAACCUGAACGACCGCGUGGGGACGUUUCUCGACCCCGAGGACCCGCGGCACCCCAUCGCGUUGAUGCAGGUCGGUAUCAUGAACCACAUGGAUGGCGCCUUCCAUCAGCUGUCUUACGGCGACUUUGGGCAAAUCCCGAAGGGCUCGCGGCUCAUGCAAGUGCUCUACGAGAACUAUCUCGAGCCCUUCUCCAUGAACCGGGUUUGUGCGCAGCUGUACUUUUACCAGAAGGUGCCCAACAACUACCACGAAGCCGUCAAUGCCUCGGCCGAGUACGUGGGUCAGACGGCGUCCCUGGUCGGUCAGGUGAUUGUCGGUGUGGGCGCCUGCAUUAUGGAGGGGGUGACGAUCCGUGCCGACACGAACUGCGUCUACCUCGCCGAGGGAGUGCAGAUUUUAGAAAACACGUGCAUCAUGAGCGAUGCCCCGACGGAUCUGCUGGCUUACCAGCGUCACGAGCUGUUGAACCCCUACCAGCAGUGGGACGGCAUGGACGGCGUGACCCGCAUCAUGCCUAACACGAUUGUGGAGUGGAACUGUUACCUUGACAGCUGCUCCAUCGGCUCCUUCAACCGCAUCGGCCACAACACGAAGAUCAUGAAGGGCGUAACGACGGGUAUUAUGGUGCACAUCCUGCCCGGCAGCGUCGUGACGGCGGACACCAAGAUCGGCGACGGCGAGAUCUGGGGCGGCGCUCCGGCCCGCAAGCUGGGCGAUGUUAGCAAGUUCGAGUACAAGCGCCCCUAUUACCCGUCUCUGUUGCACAAGGAGAGCGUGGCGGAGUCGUACCGCAACAUGUCCCGCUACGGCGAUCAGGUGGUACACCGCGCCAACGCGGUCGGUGAGCUGGAAAGCUUGAUGAUCCAGUACGAGGACCACGUGACACCCGGCGUGAAGGCGCAGGUGCGCGACUUUGCGGAGGGCCGUGAGCCGUUCCACCACAUGCUGAAUCGCAUCACACAAGGUUGGUCGCCGGCGAACCGGCCGGAUGACAAAAACUUCGCCUUGGCGCCGCCCGCGCCGGGUGUGAAGAUCUUUGCGGAGCACAACACCGACUCUUUCGAUAGCGAGUGGCAUGGCACUUACAUGAACGUCACGAACUUCUUCAACGACUUCCGCUGGUAA